UGUAUGUUUGCUUCGAGGCCAGCGGCUUGAGAGAGAAAGAGAGAGAGAUUGGCAUUAAUUGAUACUUUUCCCUUUGAGAAUUGCACAGAUUUAUGUCAUGAUAAGAGUUUCAAGCGAUCUUUGUGGUUUUCUAGUCCAAUGCUUGCUCAAGGUGAAACCAGAAACUCAGGAUGCAGCCACAAUGUCACUGACAGAUAUCUGUGUGGCCCUUGCAUAGAUACCUUCACUAAAGGAGAGCCCAUGACUUCCUGUGGCAGGCUGUUCCACGGUUAAAGAGCUUGCACUACUAGGUUAUCCUGAUGUUUAACUGAAAUCCACAUCCUUUGCGAUUCCACUCACAGUUUCUAGUCCUGCUCUCUGGAGCAAGAAGAGACACAUACCUUUUUUUUAACAGGAUAGUCCUUCAGCUAUUGGAAAACUGCUAUCAUCUAUCCCUUUAAUCUCUUCUGUGGUCAUUUUACACUACAUAGACUGUCAUCCCCAAACAUUGGUCCUUUCCAUUGAUAGGAGCAUGAAGUUUGUAUCCUCAAGUUUGAAGAGCACCAGUUAAGGAAGACUGAAGGAAUUUGAUUGUAUAAAACUGCAUAGCCAAUGUUUUUUUCAAAGUUUCCCUGCCUUUAACAAUUUUGCUACUCAAUUUCUACAUGAAGAACAGCUCAUUUUCUUUGACAUCUAGUCUGAUUUUAUACUGUACUGUGUUUUCUUUCACAGAGGAUGGAUUUGGUUACCGAUACUUAGAAAAUAUGCUUCUGCAACAGGCCGACAUAAUAUCGAGAAGAUCCUUGUGGCCAAUCGAGGUGAAAUAGCAUGUAGAGUUAUGCGGACAGCGAGAAAGAUGGGUGUGAAAUCUGUAGCAGUUUACAGUGAAGCUGACCGGAAUUCAAUGCAUGUAGCAAUGGCAGAUGAAGCAUAUUGUAUCGGUCCAGCACCAUCUCAGCAGAGCUACUUAGCCAUGGAGAAAAUAAUGCAAGUGGCCAGAAAAUCAUCAGCACAGGCCAUCCAUCCAGGCUAUGGCUUCCUGUCAGAAAACACAGAAUUUGCAGAGCUCUGCAGUCGAGAAGGAAUCAUUUUUAUAGGUCCUCCAUCAUCGGCUAUCAGAGACAUGGGCAUUAAAAGUACUUCCAAGGCUAUAAUGUCUGCUGCUGGUGUUCCUGUUGUUGAAGGUUAUCAUGGUGAAGAUCAGUCAGACAGCUGCUUGGAGGAGCAAGCCAGAAGGAUAGGUUAUCCAGUCAUGAUCAAAGCAGUACGUGGAGGUGGAGGGAAGGGGAUGAGAAUUGCCUUCUCAGAAAAAGAGUUUCGGGAACAAUUAGAAUCAGCCAGGAGGGAAGCAAAGAAAUCUUUCAAUGAUGAUGCUAUGCUAAUAGAAAAGUUUGUUGAUAAUCCAAGGCAUGUAGAAGUACAGGUAUUUGGAGACACACUUGGCAAUGCAGUCUAUCUGUUUGAAAGAGACUGUAGUGUACAGAGAAGGCAUCAGAAAAUAAUUGAAGAAGCGCCAGGGCCAGGAAUUACACCUGAAGUGAGAAGAAAGCUUGGAGAGGCGGCCGUUAAGGCUGCUAAAGCUGUAAACUAUGUUGGAGCAGGAACAGUGGAAUUUAUAAUGGAUAGUCAACAUAAUUUCUAUUUCAUGGAAAUGAACACCAGGCUGCAAGUGGAGCACCCAGUUACGGAGAUGAUCACAGGGACUGACUUGGUAGAAUGGCAGCUUAAGAUUGCUGCAGGAGAUAAGAUUCCUUUGUCUCAAGAAGAGAUACAGCUCAAGGGACAUUCGUUUGAAGCUAGGAUCUAUGCUGAGGAUCCAAACAACAAUUUUAUGCCAGGGGCUGGACCCUUGCUGUAUUUGUCCACACCACCCUCUGAUAGCUGCACCAGGAUAGAAACUGGGGUAAGACAAGGGGAUGAGGUUUCUAUACACUAUGACCCAAUGAUUGCUAAGCUAGUUGUUUGGUCAGAGGAUCGCCAAGCAGCAUUAAGGAAAUUAAGAUAUUGCCUUCAACAAUAUAAUAUCGUAGGGCUAAGUACGAAUGUUGACUUCUUGCUGAAUCUCUCGGGCCACCCAGAGUUUGCAGCUGGAAGGAUUCACACCAACUUCAUCCCUCAGCAUUAUGAUGAACUCUUUCCAUCUAAAGAGGCGCUAUCACAUGUGGCUUUGUGUCAGGCAGCUCUUGGGCUCAUAAUGAGAGAGAAAAUGAUGACGGACACUUUUAGGAUUCAGUCAGGAGAUAAGUUCUCUCCAUUUUCAUCCAGCAGUGGGAGAAGAAUAAAUAUAUCCUAUGUCAGGAACCUGACUCUUCUAGAUGGUAAAAAUAGUGUUGAUAUAGCUAUAACAUACAAUCAUGAUGGUUCAUAUAACAUGCAGAUACAAGAUCAAUCAUACCAUGUUUCUGGAUGCCUUUCAAGUGAUGGUGAUUCAGAUUACAUAAGAUGUUCAGUAAAUGGAGUUGUUCAUAAAUCCAAACUGAUCAUUUUGGAUGAUGCUAUUUACCUCUUCUCGCCGGAAGGUAGGGACCAGAUUGGUCUUCCAGUGCCAAAAUACUUAUCUGGAGUGAGUGGGACAGGAGAGCAGGGUGGCGCUGUGGCUCCUAUGACAGGGACAAUAGAAAAGGUGUUUGUGAAAGCUGGAGAUAAAGUCCAGGCUGGAGACCCGCUCAUGGUUAUGAUAGCUAUGAAAAUGGAGCAGAUAUGAUACCCUGGCUGCUUGGGAGAAGCACCACAGCACCCAUUUCUCACGGUGUAAUAGAUAACCCACAUUUCUUAUUCAAGGCUUUCCUUCCCAGUUGUCCUUGUUUCAUACUGCAGAUAACUGUGAGUAGGUGAUGUGUUGCCAAGAAGUGGACAUAUUCUUAUCUGUUGGAAUGAUUGCAGUAGCUUGGUGCUAUGCAAAUGGAAAACUGUUGACUAGUUCAGGAUCUCCUUC